AGCAUAUUGAUAAUCAAGGAUAUAGCUAGUUGUACAAUUAGUUAGCAGGUUGACAAUUGUGUAAUGACAACUCUUAUCACGACUGUUAUUUAAUGAACUAGCUAGUCGUCGCUGUCGGGAGUUCUGGCUGGUUUCGGCUCGGAAUGGGUUCAGUUAAAUGGCAAUACUUUUGAACGCAACGUACUACGUACGACCUUAACGCGUUCCAGAAGCAGCGCUCGUAUUUCCAAGUUGGAAAGUUUCGUGGAAAGGCAGGUCCGACUUUUAGCCAAUCAUUUGGGUUCCCUUCGGGAGGCCGGGCAGUAAUUGCGUGGCGUGCGCACCCUUGUCUUCCAAAUCCACGGCUCUCCUCCAACAUGCAACGUUUUAUACCCCUGACCAUUGCACGCCACUGGGCCAUAAGGAAGAAACUCCCCUCGCUGUGCCAUCGACAAGUUGCAGCCAUGUCUACACUCCUGAUCAACCAGUCCAAGUACUCCUGGCUGAAAGAAUUAGGGUUGCAGGAAGAGAAUGACGGUGUCUACAACGGGACUUGGGGAGGAAAGGGAGAGGUCAUCACUUCGCACUGCCCCGCCAACAACGAGCCCAUCGCCAGAGUUCGGCAGGCCACCCUGGCAGAGUAUGAAGAGACUGUACAGAAAGCCAAGGAGGCCUGGAAGGUUUGGGCUGAUAUCCCAGCCCCAAAGCGAGGGGAGAUAGUGAGGCAGAUUGGAGACGCACUGAGGAAGAAGAUCAAAGUCCUGGGGAGCUUGGUGUCUCUGGAGAUGGGGAAGAUCUACGUGGAGGGCGUGGGCGAGGUGCAGGAGUACGUGGACGUAUGCGACUACGCCGUGGGGCUGUCGCGUAUGAUCGGGGGCCCCAUCCUGCCCUCCGAGAGACCGGGCCACGCCCUGAUCGAGCAGUGGAACCCCGUGGGAUUGGUGGGGGUGAUCACGGCGUUUAACUUCCCCGUGGCGGUGUACGGCUGGAACAACGCACUCGCCCUUGUGUGUGGCAACGUCUGCCUGUGGAAAGGGGCCCCCACCACACCCCUCACCAGCGUGGCUGUGACAAAAAUUGUGGCAGAGGUUCUAGAACAGAACGACCUUCCGGGUGCAAUCUGCUCCAUGACCUGUGGGGGCGCUGAUAUCGGCUCAGCUCUGGCGAAGGACGAGAGGGUCGACCUGGUGUCCUUCACCGGCAGCACUAACGUGGGCAAGAUGGUGUCUCUGAUGGUGCAGGAGCGCUUUGGUCGGCAGUUGCUGGAACUGGGCGGGAACAACGCCAUUAUCGUCUUCGAGGAUGCGGAUCUGGACCUGGUGGUGCCGGGGACGGUCUUCGCUGCCGUGGGAACGGCCGGGCAACGCUGCACCACCACCCGGAGACUGAUGCUGCACGAGAGCGUCCACGAUGAGGUGGUGCAGAGGAUCGCCAAGGCGUACAAGCAGGUCCGCAUCGGGGACCCCUGGGACCCCAGCACUCUGUACGGACCCCUGCACACCCGGCAGGCGGUGGAGCAGUACAAGGCGGCGAUCGAGAGCGCCAAGCAGCAGGGCGGCACCGUGGUGUACGGGGGACAGGUCAUGGAUCGCCCCGGUAACUACGUGGAGCCCACCAUCGUGACGGGCCUGGCCCACGACGCCGCCAUCGUGCACACGGAGACCUUCGUGCCCAUCCUCUACGUCCUCAAGUUCAAGACGGAGGACGAGGCGUUCUCCUGGAACAACGAGGUGAAGCAGGGCCUGUCCAGCAGCAUCUUCACCAAGGACCUGGGCCGCGUGUUCCGCUGGCUGGGACCCAAGGGCUCGGACUGCGGCAUCGUGAACGUUAACAUUCCAACCAGCGGGGCGGAGAUCGGGGGGGCGUUCGGAGGGGAGAAGCACACUGGCGGGGGUCGUGAGUCUGGGAGUGACUCCUGGAAACAGUACAUGAGGAGAUCAACAUGCACCAUCAACUACAGCAAAGACCUGCCUCUAGCCCAGGGAAUCAAGUUUGAGUGAUGGAGGAUCUGCUGCAGGGGCUGCAUUUCUCCAGCAGGGGGCAGCAAACCAUUAAUUCCACAAAAGCAUUGCACGGGAAUUCAAAUACCACAACUGUCUUUACUCUGAACAAAUUUAGUCAGAGUAGCAGGUGACUGGAUCAUAAAAAUGUCCACUACUGGUGUGGAAAAUCUGAGUAACUAAUUUUUACAAUGAAUGUAGGUCAAGUCAGUGAUUUCUUUUUUCCUCCAGCAAGUAUCAUGGUUAAACCAAUUCCGACAAUGAAGUUCAUUGUUCUUACUGUGAUUAGGCAGUUAGGUCUGAACAUGGGGAAUAAUCUUCCACUUGUGUUUGUAUGGAAAAGUGGAGAACGCAGCAAAGGUCAAAUAACUAACCAGCCUAACGGUUAACAUCCUUUCUCUGGUAAGUCUCCCUUCUGUGUGCUCUGUAUAAAUAAAUUUUGCCUUAUUUUGGGAAAA